GCCUACUGUCAAGUCGUCAUUGGCAGGGAUUUGUUAUGAUAGCUGGCGUACAUUUUGCGGCAUCGUUGGUUUGCGGCAAUUUCUGCUAAAAUUAAAAGGCCCGGAAAAUGUCUUCUCAAAUUCAAUCCGUUCAUACGCCAUCGGUAUCGCUGAGUAAAUACAGGGACCAACAUUUCAAGGGCUCCCGGCAUGAACAGGAAAAGCUCCUGCGCGUUUCCUCCACCCUGUACGUGGGUAAUCUUUCGUUCUACACCACGGAGGAGCAGAUCCACGAGCUGUUUUCGCGCUGCGGUGAUGUGCGGCGCAUCAUUAUGGGGCUGGACAAAUUCAAGAAGACGCCGUGCGGCUUCUGCUUCGUCGAGUACUAUUCACGGUUAGACGCGGAAAGUGCGAUGCGAUACAUCAACGGUACGCGGUUGGACGAUCGAAUCGUGCGCGUCGAUUGGGACGCCGGUUUCAUCGAGGGCCGACAGUACGGACGGGGCAAGACGGGUGGCCAGGUGCGCGACGAGUACCGGCAGGAUCAUGAUCUGGGCCGGGGCGGUUACGGCAAGAUGGUCCAGAUGGGACAGCUGGGUGCACCGUCCAUGCGCGAGUAGAGCACGUGCCAAUCGGCCAACGGUACAGCCGGAGCUAGGGCGAUAAGGUUAUAUUGUAAAUUCCUCAUAAGCGUAUAUUUAAGUAAACGAAAUCAUUUUCUACAACCGGA